CUCUAAAAUUAGUGAGAUAUAUAUUGAUGGAGCAAGAGAGUGAAGUGAAGAGAGUCCCUCGUCUUAGAGAAUCAGAAGGAUAAGCAUGUUUUCCCAAAGAGAGAUGCCAUCAGCGUCAUCAAUGUUCUCCGCAUAUGCAUCGAUGGCAGCAUCCAUGAUGCUGCUGCGAUCAAUGGCGAACGAGCUCAUUCCGCAGCCAAUUAGAGGCUACAUCCUGAAUGCCUUCCACUACUUAGUGAAGCCGAGAUCCCAGUCGCUGACCCUGGUGAUCGAGGAAUCCAACGGCAUAGCACGCAACCACGUGUACGAUGCAGCCGAGGCCUACUUGUCCACCAGAGUGAGCCCCGACAACGAGAGGCUCAAAAUCUGCAAGAGCCCCAAGGAGAAGAAGCUCACCAUCCGCCUCGAAAAGGGGGAGAAGCUGCUGGAUCUGUACGACGGCGUGUCCCUCCGCUGGAGGUUCAUCUGCGCCGAGUCCGACAAGAAUGCCCCCAGCGAGAACACCAGUAUUAGUAGCAACGUAUCGGUGAGGUCGGAGAAGCGCUACUUCGAGCUGAGUUUCCACAAGAAGCACAAGCAAAUGGUGUUGGAGUCUUAUCUGCCUUUCGUUCUCGAGAAGGCGAAGGAGAUGAAGGACGACGAGAGGGUUCUGAAGAUGCAUACUCUCAACACUUCUUACUGUUACGGUGGUGUGAAGUGGGAUUCCAUCAAUCUGGAGCACCCUUCCACUUUCGAGACGCUGGCUAUGGACUCGGAGCAGAAGGAAGCCAUCAUGGAGGACCUCAACAGGUUCGUGAAGAGGAGGGAGUUUUACAAGAGAGUCGGGAGGGCGUGGAAGCGUGGCUACUUGCUCUAUGGACCUCCGGGGACUGGAAAAUCAAGCUUGAUUGCUGCCAUGGCUAAUUACCUCAAGUUUGAUAUCUAUGACUUGCAGCUUGCUAACAUAGUCAGGGAUUCCGAUCUCAGAAAGCUGCUGCUGGCAACUGCCAAUAGGUCCAUUCUUGUAAUCGAAGACAUUGAUUGCAGCGUCGAUCUUCCCGAGCGUCGCCAUGUCGAUCAUCACCAUCAUCAUGGACGUAAACAAACCGAUGUACAGUUAACAUUGUCCGGAUUGCUGAACUUCAUAGAUGGGCUAUGGUCAAGCUGCGGGGACGAGAGAAUCAUCAUAUUCACGACGAACCACAAGGAAAGGCUAGACCCUGCUCUUCUCAGACCCGGAAGAAUGGACAUGCACAUUCACAUGUCCUACUGCUCCUUCCAAGCCUUCAAGAUCCUUGCCUCCAACUACCUGGACAUCUCGUCCGACCACCACCACCUCUUUCCGGAGAUCGAAGGGCUGAUCGAGGACACUCAGAUCACCCCUGCUCAUGUGGCAGAGGAGCUGAUGAAGAGCGAAGACGCCGACGUGGCCCUCCAAGGAUUCGUGAAGCUCCUCAAGCGGAAGAAGAUGGAAGGUGAUGUUUGCGAGAACGAUGAUCCGGAUAACAAAGCUGAACCGGCUACUAAGCAAUCUAAGAAGCGCAAGGUUGCUUGCAAGCAAAAGAAAACUGUAGCUGCUGCUGGUACACAGAGAAGGACAAGAAGGCUUAGAAGAGGCUCUAGUUUGUAAAUUGUUGUAAUCAACUUGCUUGCUGCUGCUACUUAUUGUAUGUAUUUAUAAAAUAAAAUUUGCUGAUCAAUCAUCUAGGAUUAUUAAUUUUCUACUUUUUUUUUAGUUUAUUUUCCAUCUAAGAGAAGAUGAUGAAAAAGAGAGGCAGAGUUUGAGGUAAGUGGACAUGUUUAUGUAUUGUAUGGAUGUAGUGAUGACAUUGAUUCACGGGUUACAUCUAAUUCAAAUAGAAAGCCUCCUCUGUAUGUGUACA